AGGCCCAAAUGUUGGAGAUAAGAUACUACCUAAGCUUCUUUUUCUUCUUGCGUUCUCCUUCAUCAUGGCUACUUGUUCUGCACGAGGAAGCCCUUCUGUUGCUGCCACAAUGCUACUUCUUUUUGGGCUCCUAAUGUCUACCUUAGGCAUAACAGGGGCACAAACAGGGGUUUGUUAUGGGAUGAAUGGAAACAAUUUACCAUCUAAACAAGAAGUGGUGGCUCUCUACAAAUCCCAAAAUAUCCAAAGGAUGAGACUCUAUGAUCCAAACAAAGAAGCUCUCCAAGCUCUUAGAGGCUCCAACAUUGGACUCAUAUUGGGUGUCCCAAAUGAUGCCCUUCAAGGCAUAGCAACCAGUACUUCCACAGCAAAUAAUUGGGUAAAAACAAAUGUGGUAGCCUACUCAUCUAAUGUCAAAUUCCGGUAUAUCGCCGUGGGGAACGAAGUCAGUCCGGUGAAUGGCAAUUCUCAAUAUGUUAACUUCGUUUUACCUGCCAUUAAAAACAUUCGCUCUGCAAUUUCAUCAGCUGGCCUGAACAUCCCGGUGACCACUGCCAUCGAAACCGGACUACUCAGCACCUCAUACCCUCCAUCCCAAGGUGCAUUCAGAAGUGAUGUAAGGUCAUAUAUAGACCCAAUUCUUGCUUUCCUUUCUCAAAAUAAGUCUCCAUUACUAGCAAAUGUGUAUCCAUACUUCAGUUACAAAUCCAACACUGCUUCCAUCCAACUUUCCUAUGCUUUGUUUACAUCCACUUCAGUUGUGGUGCAUGACCAAUACAGUAAUCUUGGAUACAAAAACCUUUUUGAUGCCCUUGUUGAUGCUGUCUACUCUGCUAUGGAGAAGGCAGGUGGUUCUAGUGUUGGACUUGUUGUAUCAGAGAGUGGUUGGCCAACUGCAGGAGGUACUUCAACAACAGUAGCGAAUGCAAAGACUUACAACAACAAUCUGAUUCAACAUGUGAAGAGUGGCACUCCUAAGAAGCCUGGGUCUUUAGAGACUUAUAUCUUUGCCAUGUUUGAUGAGAACAAUAAGAGUCCAGAGGAAGAGAAGCACUGGGGGAUAUUCAAUCCAAAUAAACAACCCAAAUACCAAAUCAGCUUCUCUUAAAGGGAUUCAGUUCUGAGUAUGUAGCCAGAUGAAUAAAUAAAGGCUAUAAGUCUCUCUCAAAGUGUUGGUGUAUUAGCAAUAAUUCUAAUGGAGAUGAAUAAAUAAAGACUAAAAGUUGUUCUC